AUGGCAGGGCCAGUACGGCAGCCGAUCGACCUGGCCUCUCUGGAGCGCUACAUCGACAGCAAUGUCCCUGAGAUCAAGACGCCGCUCGAGCUGAAGCAGUUCGGCUUUGGUCAAUCGAACCCUACAUACCAGAUCACCGACUCGAAGGGCACCAAAUAUGUCAUGCGCAAGCGGCCGCCCGGUCAAUUGCUCUCCAAAACCGCCCACCAGGUCGACCGAGAGUACAAGAUCAUCAACGCCCUGGGUCAAACGGACGUGCCCGUGCCCAAAGUAUACUGUCUGUGUCAAGACGACAAUGUCAUCGGGACAGCGUUUUACAUCAUGGAGUUCUUGGACGGCCGCAUGGUGACGGAGCCGCACUUCCCGGGGUUCAGUCCUGAAGAACGAAGAGAAAUGUGGCACGAUGCCAUUCGGACACUUGCAAAGUUUCAUCGGGUCGAUUUCAAGAAGGUUGGACUCUCCGACUUUGGCCGCCACGGGAACUUCUACGACCGCCAACUGAAGACAUUCGGGACACUGUCCAAGGUGCAGGCGGAAUCGGUGGACGUCGACACCAAGAAGCCGGUGGGGGACAUACCACAUUUCGACGACAUGGUGGCGUUCUUCAAGCAAAAGUCGACCCAGCCCAAAGACCGCGUCACGCUGAUCCACGGCGACUACAAGAUUGACAAUCUGGUGUUCCACAAGACCGAGCCUCGAGUCAUUGGCAUCCUGGACUGGGAGAUGGCCACCAUUGGUCACCCGCUGUCGGAUCUCGUCAAUCUGACGGCGCCGUGGAGCUGGGUCGGGCGAAAUCUAGGAACGGCGCACGCCCAGGAGGGCGAGACCGAAGCCUUCAAGGAUGGGGUGACUCCAGGACUUCCCACGUUAGAUCAGGUGGUGCGAUGGUACGCAGAGGCGUCAGGAUAUGACCCCGCCAACGAGCUGGCUUGGGGCACUGCCUUUGGAGGAUUCCGAGGGGCUAUCAUCAUGCAGGGUAUCGCAGCCAGGUACGCCCGCCGGCAGGCCAGCGGCAUGACUGCGAAAAACUAUGGGGCGCAGAUGCCCCUGUACGGAGAGUGGGCUUACAGCUUGGUGAAGAAGCUGCAAGAGAACUCAGCAGGGAAGAAGGCGAAGCUAUAG